AUGUCUAGCGCACACAGGCCAACAUGGACCCCUGCUAUGGGGAAGGACGCACGGAUGAACACGAAACAAUACAGCUCUCGAGACAUUGCGGGACACACCAAGCUCAAAUAUCGACAACCAGGACAAAACAGUAGAGAUGACCUGGCUCGUCGUGAUUUGAAACUCGAACUUGAAAUUGCAGAACGUGAAUCUGCUGCUAAAAGACGGCGCGCAGCUGGAUUAUUACCGAUCAAUGAAGAAAAUAAAGCCAGUGACAACCAAUGCAGUACCAAGUUGCUAGAAGGUGGAACCGAUGAAGAAUCAAAAUCCAAACGAAGGAAGAUUCUCGAGGAAGCGUUACUUGCUGAUAAGGAUGACACCGAAAGCGAUGAGGAUUCAGAUGAUGACAAGAGAGGUUCCAAGCGACAUGGCAAAGGAAAGGCGACAUCUGCGCCCUUGUCCAGUCACAAUGGAAGCGAUAAUGGUAGGGCGAACGAGAAGGGUGGCGUAGAGAGCGACGAUGAUGAUGAUGACGAUGAUGAUACCGAUGACGAUGAGUCGGAGACUGCAGAAUUGUUGCGAGAGCUCGAAAAAAUCAAGCGUGAACGGGCUGAAGAGAAAGAACGCCAGGAACGCGAAUCAAAUGCUAAUGCAUCUUUGGAUAAAGAAGCCGCAGCGGCCGUUGGAAAUCCUUUACUAAAUCUCAAAGCUGCCCUGAAACAAAACGACAAUCUUUCUCCGACCAAUUCGGUUUCAACCUCGUCAAACAGUUUCUUCGUCAAACGAAGGUGGGAUGAUGAUGUCAUUUUCAAAAAUCAGGCUCGUGAUGUGAACGAGAAACCAAAGAAGGAAUUCGUAAAUGAUCUUUUGCGAACCGAAUUCCACCGAAGGUUUUUAAAAAAAUUCAUUGCCUAG